AAGAUCAAUAGAGAUUUUAUAGGGUUUAAAAAAACCCCAUGUUGUACUGGAGAGCAGGUGCUUUUCAAAUUUGGCCCAGAUCCAAAGAGAGGGACAGUCUUGGUAAAAGCUGCUAAUUGUAAAUAGUCUAGUCCAGUCAGUUUGCCACUGUCUCAUCUUGUCUGCAGCUACUCUUGCAGUCUCAUCCAUUGAGGUUGCAGUGAAGUGAAUGUUGUGAAGAACCAGUGGCCAAAUCCAUUCCAAUGGAUCUUCUGCAAGUGGAACAAUCAAGUCAGGAGUGAUGACAUGAAAAUAAUGGUAUUUCAAGCACUGCAAGGACUGCUUAGGGGUAGCGUGUUUCUGACCUAUAAGGGGGAAGCAGGAAGUUGCACAAGAAAAGGCAAGCACUGAUACUAUGUUUGCUAUGAAGAUAGGAUUGUACCUCCUGUCCUCCUAGUCUAGAGCUAUAAAAGCUAUAGACUGCUCUGGCUGAGGGUGUGCAUCAUCCUGUGCAGCACAGUCAUCGAGGCAGAAUCACAACACUUGCACCUUGUACCCUGCAGCUAUUUUAAACAUGAAUAAAAAUUUCAUGUUGAGUGCCAAGAGCUCAGCUGGAGCAGACUCGUGCAAACACCUGUAGUUUCACCAGAGGAAAACAAUUUUAAUCAUUUGUCCUUGGAGAUGUGCGGACUCUUCAUGUAUCAUUGCACAGAAAAGCUUUUUGUACAUUUUUUUAGAAUGCAUUGUACUACAGUUUUCAACUAUAGCAAAAAAAGUGUUUUUUUUUUUUAAUUUUUAUAGAGUAAACUUAAUUUAUUGAAGGAAUUUUAUAAUUUGUUAAGUUUAAUAUUAACUAUAGACAGGGACUUCUAAAGUUUUUAAAAUAGAACUUUUAGAAUAUAUUCUUAAGAAUGACAGUUUUUUACAGAUAGCAAAUCAUUAACUGUGUCACAUGGUUUCCAUAUGAAUUUAGUUUCACUUUGUGUUAUAUCAGUAAGGCCUUUAACUUUCUUUGGAUUGCAAGUCUUGUAAAGGUAUGGAUGGGAAACCUGCAAAUAUGCAAAUCUACAACUUUUGAACUGAAAAAACCUCUAUCCAUGGCCAGUAUUCAGGAACCACUAAUGAAGAAUGACUCCACCAAUUAAAAAGACAAUUUACAUUUAUCUUUUCCAGAAUAGAUAUGUAUCAAGGAAGUUAAUUUAAUAUUUAAAUCAAGAACAUACAAAAAUGCAAGUCCCUUUGCCAUAAUAAAAAUGCAUAACCCAACUUUCCUUUGUAUAGAGCCCUAUGAGCAGGUGAUAUCAUCAGUAAAAAGACUCUAUUGUAGUAAAGCAUUUAGAUUCCUUUACAUGAAGUGAGGAGAGAAUGAUAAGUGGCAGUCUAACACAUGAUGAAAUUUACUAAGCAGAAUUUUUUUGUUUUAGUUGGCGGAAUUAUAAUUUAUGUAGUUGAUAUUGGAGUGGACUUUUAGGUAGCUAGUAAAUAUUUCUGUCAAGGACAAUAUUCUUGGAGUAUAUUGACACUGUGUUUUAGAGGUCUUUCAUCAUUAGUAACUCAGAUAUUUAGUUAUGAAUGGUUUAAAAACGACUGGGAAGGUACUGAUACUGGGAAGUUGAAAUGGAUUUUUCUAGUUCAUCUCUUUCACUGUGGAAUUUUUAUAAGGUAUUGGUUUGCUUUGAAAUAUGGCUGCCAAGCUGCAUUUAAACUAAAAAGCAGUGGGGAUGCUUCAGAAACAGAUCCUUCCAACUUCAUUAAAAAACAAGCUAUUGACACAGUGACUGAUAUUAACAUGCUCAGAGUGUUCAAGGCUUUUCUUAAGACCACACCACAACUUUUUGUCCAGAUUUACAUCCUCAUGCAACAUGGCAAAACUAAUUGCUAUCAAGAUGCUGCCAUUUUUAUGUCUUUUUUGUGGUAUCUCCUUUUCAAUGGUUGAUUAUCAGAUGUCAUUAUGAAAAUCUCUGCCUGACAAAGGUGAAUUUCGUGUGCCUUCCAAGUUCAUGUAUCUCUUCUAUAAACUGCUUACCAUCACUUCUUGGGUACUCAGUAUUUCACUUAUCACUCUACUGAGUGUUACAAUUUCUGUAAUUCUGCUGAUAUUUCUUUGGAUCUGUGGCUUCAUUUGGACUUUGAAACAAUGUACAACAUUUUGCAAAUCUAAGAAGGUGGAAUAUCUGUACAGAACUGUAGUUGGAAUAAUUCUAAUUUUUACAUUAUUUAACAUAAAGGAGAGAAGAACGAAAGUUUGCAUUUCUAUUUAUUAUGCUACUCACACUGUAGUAACUCUAGGUAUUUUGUUUGUAUAUGUGUUCUGGAAACCUUCCAUUAUCAAGGAAAUACAUU